CUUGCAAGUGUGCGUCUGAUUUUCACUUCACAGAAAGGCGUUCCUCGCCUCGAACUAUCGCACUACCCAUUCCGGUGCCCCACUCGCUCUCAGCUGUUGACCGACACCUGUGGAGCUGUAGAAGACCCAAGCGGACGAGGGGAGCGUCAGAGAGGACAACAGUGGCCCGCCUUUGUUUGUCGAAUGGUCUGAGGGUUCCCUGUCUUUCCUGAAGACCCACUGGUAAGCGCCAGAGCACUCCGCAUGCGUGCAGCCACCAAUGUGAAGCGAGUGGUGAUAUUGACAGGGAUACAACGAGUCUUCGUUUCCCUGUCUGUGUUGCCAUCAGGUGAAUUGCUGAUAGACCUCUUCGUGUAUUCGUUGUCGCGAUGGACAUGCCCAACGGGACCUCAGGCCACCACCACACCGACGUAGACCCUGCCAAAAGCCAAGAAGUCACCCUGACGGACGAGAAGUCACCCGACCGGCCGAAGGAUGCCGUCAGUGCUCCCUCGUCGACCGAGACCCCUCUCACCCGGCCCCAGUCCAACAACGGCCACGGAGAGGGCGAGCAUCCUCCUGCCCUCGAUGUCACAGCCGUCCAGCCACACGUCACAUCUGACACAACGGCUGGGUUCUCCGCUGCACCCCCAGCGGCACUUACGCAGGGGUUCUCGCCCCCAGUGUCCAACUUUUCCCCGCCGCCUGUGACGGGCGGCUUCUCCGACCGGCCACCCACCCACACGGGCUUCAGCGAUGCCCCUCCGGCGGGGUAUGCGGGUGCGGGUGGUGUGCAGUCGGGGUUUCCGGAUGCGCCGGGGGCGGGGGCGCUGGCGAGUAUUGUGACGGGCGGCAAGGACUUCCGGCGAGAGCUCAACGAUAGGAACGUCUUCGUCUUCCAUCUCCCGCUGGAAUGGAAGGAACACGACCUGCAGAGGGUCAGUUGCGGGUGGUGGGUGGGGACACGACCGAACCCAACACGACAUACAUAUGGAGUGGUCGGCUUCUUGUGUGAUGGAUGGUUGUUGUCAGGAGUUUGGUGUGUAUGGAAACGUGAUCAGCACCAAGAUCGUGUGCCGCCCCGACGGCGCGUCUCGUGGGUACGGCUUCGUGUGCUAUGACAACCCGAUCUCGGCGCAGCGAGCCAUCAAUGCCAUGGACGGGCAGCCUGCGGGCCUGCAGGGGCGCAAGCUCAAGGUGUCGCUCAAGAAAUCGCCCGAGGAAUCAAUCCAGCAGGCGGUGGGACAGACGAUUCACAUGGUCUCAGUGCGCGAGGGUACGCAACUCUGGUGCUAUGUUGGUUGUUGUUUGCAGAUGCAGGUUGGCGAGAAUCGUCAGUGCAGUUUGUUUGUGUUCCACAUACCGACAGAAUGGACAGAGAGUGAUCUAGCAACGGUAAGCAGACCCAACGAACACAUGGGACAAACAAUGCUUCCAUCGCUCGUCUCAUCUCUUUGUGUUCAAUUGGUUCAUGCAGCAAUUCACCCCCUACGGCCACGUGACUAGCGUCCGUGUGAUGACGACCCCUGAGGGCGUGAGUCGCGGUUUUGGGUUCGUCAACUACGACAACCCCGACGCGGCGCAGCGGGCCAUUCAGGGCAUGAAUGGACACCUCGUCUCCAACGGCAAACGACUCAAGGUAGGUCGCAGCCUCACACCAUGCCACUGACAUUCACGGCUCUCUUGUGUGUUUCUGUUAGGUGUCGUUGAAGACGCAGUCGUCCGCCGUGGGUGGUGGUGGUGGUGGUUCGGUGAAUGGUGGGUCGGCGAGUUCGGUUUCAUCUGGUGUGAUGAGUCAGUAUGGCGGCGGCAUGCCCAUGCCCAUGUACCCGCCGGCGGCCUCAUCGCCCAGUCCUCAGGUGACCACGAGUCCACCCGGCUGCACCAUCUUCAUCUUCUACAUCCCAUCUGAGUGGGACGACAACACACUCAAACAAGUACGAACCCAACCAGCACGUCAGCAAUGCACUCGUUGUGCCGAUUCCAUCCGUCCAUCCAUUUGUAUGUGUCCGUGCGUUCGCGCUCUCUCUUUUGUCAGCAUUUUUCGCACUUCGGUCGCAUUGUGUCGGCGACGAUUCAGAAGGACGAGGACGGGCGAGGUCGUGGGUUCGGGUUCGUGGGGUUCGACAACCCCAUGAGUGCAGUGAGCGCCAUACAGGGCAUGAAUGGAUUCGCCGUCGGGGGCAACAAACGACUCAAAGUCUCAAUCAAGAAAGGAGAGGAAAGGUGCGGAAAUACACGCGGGCUCACAGUACGUAUGCGAGACAUGUCUUGUGUCUGGAUGGGUGUGGUGAUGGUGUUCAGGUAUGCAGGGCAGCUGCCAACGGUGACGGCCAGUGGCGCCAACGCGUCUCCUCUGGGCGGAUUCUCGCAGGUGCGGCCCAACAGCCUCCUUUGUGUAUGCAUGAAUGUCCAACCUUCCAUCGACAUGUACGCGUGUUUUCUGUGUUCUGUGUGAAUCAGGCGUACGGUCCCAACCCCUACGCCGCUGCUGCUGCUGCCUACGGGACGCCUGGCCAAGUAAGCAUACCCCCACGUCUGCACACAUACGACCCCUACACGUCUGCCUCUCUGCUGUUGCCCACUGCUGCACAGGCACCAGUGGCUGGUCAGGGAGCGGCGGGGACAGCGGCAUACGCCCCCUACACCCAGUUGGCGACCGCGGCUCAGCAGCAGCAGCUCAUGACGCAGGUGCCCCCAGCGGCCUUCGGGGCGCCAGAUCAGUAUAGCUACUCGGCUGCCCAGCUGGCACAGAUGCAGCAGUAUGGGCUGGGUGGGUUCCCGCAGAUGGCCAUGACGAACCCAGCGGCCGCACAGCAGCACGGCUAUGCUCCGGCCAACUACGCGUCAGGAGGCACCCCGACAGCAGCCACAGGUCGCGCGGCCACAUACCGGUAUGCUCCAUACUGACUCUGAGUGAUUAGUUAGUGUAUGAGUAUGCAUUGCAUUGCAUGGAUGGAAGCACAGACAGGAAGGGCGGCUGGGUGCUUUGGCUGGAUGUCUGUCUGUGUGGCUGGCGCUUCAUCUUUUGAAUGAACACGUAUGUAUGUAUGUACACAUGAAUUGGGCGGGCGUGGCGUACGUAUGAGGGGAUCCGUGUACGUAUACAGUACGAUACAAACGGUGUAUUAUCCGUAACCGUACUUACCGUACUUCAACAAGCACAAGACGGUAUUAUCAGUACUCGCUAAGUCAAUACUCGAUAAGUAACAUAUGAACACAGGUACAGGCAGGACCUCCCCGUACCCGUACGAGCAAGUCUUCCGUAAACAUACGAGCCAGUAUUCCAUGCCUCCAUACCCCGAGAUGCGUCGAGACAAUCAAUUGGAUGUCCUUACAUACCUGUCUAGCUCCACGAUGCAUCACGACACGCCCGUGCUGUCCGAAGAACACAUUUGUGUCUCUAUCUGUGUCCUCCUUGUGUGUGUGCAGGCCCAACCCGACCCCUCCCCGCGUGCAGCCGGCAUCCAUCCCAACCUACCCCGACCACCCGGCAUACAGCCGGCCCCCUGCCCACCAUCUCCACCACCACAGCUACCCGCCACCAGAGACCAUCGGCAUGCACUGAAAACUGAUGGUACGUACCGGCAGGAAAUACACUUCGGCGCGUGUGCCUUCCUCAUGUGUUGUUGCCUUGUGUUGUGUGUGUGGUUGUGUGUGCGAUGGAUGCAGCGUGUCGUUGCGUCACGAUGUUGUUUGUCCUCGGGUGGAAAAGCACCGAGGGUUGAAUAGAGGCAUGUCGCUGAGGGAGUGAAUAUGUGUGUGCAUAUGAGUGAGUGAAUAUGGCAGUGAGAUCCGCCGC